AUGGAUAUUCACGCUACGCUCAAGACUUUAUCUCUACAAGAAAAGGUCAGGCUACUGUCCGGUACGCCAGAUGACUUUGUCUCAAUCGCAGGCAUCCCUGAGAAGGUCAUUGCGCCAUUCAAGACGGCUGAUUCAAUCAACGGAAUACGGCCCAGUGAAUUCAACAGUACACUCACAACAGCAUGCUUCCCCAACACAGCCUGCAUAGCCUCAACAUGGAACACCGAGCUCUUGGAGAAGAUGGGCGCUGAGCUCACUCGCCAGGCAAAGAUCAAACAUGCGCAAAUGAUCCUUGGGCCGACUAUCAAUAUCCAGAGAGAUCCUCGCGCCGGACGCAACUUUGAGUGCUUCAGUGAGGAUCCACUACUCUCGGGAUACAUGGCUGCGGCUAUUGUGAAUGGUAUUCAGAGUAAAGGCUAUGGAGCUUGUGCGAAGCAUUUCGUAUGCAAUGAUUCUGAGACUCAAAGGCGGUAUUACAAUGUCGAUGAGUCGCCAAAUGGAAGAGCAUUGAGAGAGAUUUAUCUCGCUGCUUGGUCAUUUCUCUUGAAGAAAUACAACAAGGUCGAUGGAUCGUUUUGCUGCGACAGCAAAACUCUUAUUGAGGACAUUCUUCGAAAGGAAUGGGGCUACAAAGGCAUCGUCAUGUCAGACUGGUUCGGCACUCGCUCCACCGUAGCUUCCAUGAAGGCUGGCGUCGACGUUGAGAUGCCCGUUCCUGUCUUUAGAGGCGAGAGACUCAUCAAGGCUGUAGGUUCUGGUGAAAUCAGCGAAGAGGUGAUCAACGCUAGCGUGACACGGCUUCUCGACCUACGAAACCGCACGCAAGCAGCGCAGAGUGAGGGACCGGAGAAAUCAGAAAUCAUCAAGGAGACCAAUGACAUCGCUCGUCAACUCGCUCAAGAAGGUAUCGUUCUUCUGAAGAAUGAGAAACAGACACUUCCACUGCCAGCAUCCAGUGGUCUGAGGAUCGGAGUUGUUGGUGAGUAUGCUAAAAAGGCUGUUUUCACCGGUGGUGGCAGUGCAUCAUGCAACCCUCAGUAUCGCCAAGUUCCGCUCGACCUUUUACGGGAAGCACUACCGGAUGAGAAUAUAGUCUCAUAUUCAAGUGGUGUUCGCAUGCGCCGUAUUAUUCCGACCGUACCUGUUGAUAUCGCCACGACGGACAAGGGCAAGAAGGGCGUUGAGGUGGCUUAUUACAACGCUGGUGAAGAUGAGCCCGUUCUCACCGAGACUUUGCAAGAUGCUGCUAUCAAUCUGAUGGCCCAGGGAAAGCCGGGGCUGAAGACACCUGGCUCUCGUGUGAAGAUGACUACUAACCUGGUUCCUACGACUACUGGAACACACACCCUCGCGCUUCGUCACUCAGGGUCGUUCAAUCUUGAGGUUGACGGCGUCUCUGUGUUCAAGGGCGAUGCGCCGGAUAUCACAACCGAGCAGUUCCUCUUCAACUUGAUCAAGCUUGAGUCGCGAGUCGAGCUGCAGAUGGAAGCAGGAAAGUCAUACCACAUCUCUGUCACCAUGCAAUCGAGAGAGCCUGUUGUUGGCGAACCUACCCCAUAUGGUCUCACCAUGGCCUUCGAAGAGGAAUACUCCGAAGAGCAAGCUAUAUCCGACGCAGUCGAAGUUGCAAAGUCAUCUGAUAUCACAAUCAUCCACGCCGGUCGCAGUGAACAGUACGAGUCUGAGGGUUUUGAUCUUGAAGAGAUUACCCUUCCUGCCAACCAAGUCGCCAUGAUCAGGGCUGUCGCCGCUGCUUCCAAGAAAACGGCUGUUCUUCUUCACUGCGGUAACCCCAUUUAUAUCAGUAGCUUCGUUGAUGAUGUCGAUGCUAUCGUGAACAUGCAUUUCCCUGGUCAAGAGGGACCGCAGGCUAUGGUUGAUAUCUUGACUGGAAAGGUGAACCCCAGUGGGAGGUUGACGGCGACUUGGUUCAAGACUCUGGAAGACUGGCCCAGUUUUGGGAACUUCCCUGCUCAGAAGUAUGAGGCAGGUGACUUUACCAUCAAGUACGCUGAGGGCUUGGAGAUCGGAUACCGAGCCCGGGUAUCGGAGAACCGGGUUCAGUUUCCCUUUGGCCAUGGGCUGUCUUACACUUCAUUCUCGUAUGACAGUCUCCAAGCCAAAUUGGACGCCUCUUCAACCCCUUCAACUCUCACAGUCAGCGUAAAUGUAUCGAAUACUGGCAGCCUUUCUGGCAAAGAAGUGGUGCAAGUCUACAUUAGCGCCCCUAAGAACGGAGCUCAUUGGAGGCCAACUCGGGAGCUGAAGGGAUUCACCAAGGUUCAACUCUCGCCAGGUGAGACUAAAGAAGUGUCUAUGCAGAUUGAGGUCGACACUUUCAACAGCCAUUGGAGUGAGGAUUCACAUGCUUGGGUAGAGGAUAAGGGCGAGUAUGGCGUGGAGGUUGGAGAUCAACGUGUCACUGUUGUUAUUUAG